AUGGUUGCCGGUAAAGUUAAGGUAGCAAUGGGAUUCCAGAAAUCUCCGUCACCGGCGCAUGUACACAGCACUCCUCCUCCGUCGCAGAAGAAGAAACAACCACCUCCUCCUUCUCCCUCCACCACUACUUCCGCCUCCAAAUCUUCCUCUCACAAAUCAUCAUUCUCUCGCAUAGGUUUCCAUUUCCCUCGCUCUUCCGCUCAAGUACAGCCUCGUCCACCGGACGGGACUGAGCUCCUCCGCAUCGUGGAGGAGCUCCGGGAGAGUGAGUCUCGUUUGAAGACAGAGCUUCUCGAGCAUAAACUACUGAAGGAGUCUAUAGCCAUUGUCCCGGUUUUAGAAAACGAGAUAACUGCAAGAGAAACUGAGAUUCAGAGAAACAGAAAGAGAGCGGAAGAAGCGGAAGCAGAGAACGAGAGGUUAAAGAAAGAGUUACAGGAAAUGAAGCUUCAAAUGGAUGAAGAGAGAAGAGAGAAUGAAAAGAAAAUGAAAGCGUUGGAAGAUCAAAUUACUGAACUGAAGAAAACGACGCCGUUAGAGAGUGACGAGCACGAGCAUUUUUCCACUUCGCACAGGUUUCAGGGAAUCGGAGAGGCUUCGGUCAAGUUCAAUCUCAUGAAAACGUUGAAGAAAACGAUGUCGGAUCAUGCAAUCGUGAUUCCGAAGCAGAACGAAGGUGUGGAUUUGAAAAGAGAGCUUGCAGAAACUGAAACACAACGUCACUCUCGGUGUAACUCCGAGGAACUCGCCGAAUGUAACGUCAGAUCCCGCGUUCCUCGAGUUCCUAAUCCACCGCCGAAGCCGUUAUCCUCUUCACCGUCGUCACCGACCGUUUCGCUCGCGGAACAUAGCAAUGGCGAAACAGAACAAGCAAUUUCGCAACCGCUUCAACCGGCGAAUACAGCACCGCCUCCACCUCCUCCUCCUCCAAGGAAACCUCUCUCAAAAGCAGCUCCUCCGCCUCCUCCACCACCACCCAAGGGAGGAAAACCGGCUUCAGCGAAGGUAAGAAGAGUGCCGGAGGUGGUAGAGUUUUACCAUUCCUUGAUGCGGAGGGACUCUCAAUCACGACGGGAAUCAAACUCCGGUUCCGCCACAGAAAUCCCGGCGACGGCGAACGCCCGUGACAUGAUCGGCGAGAUCGAGAACCGUUCAACACACUUACUAGCGAUAAAAACUGAUGUAGAAACACAAGGGGAUUUUAUUAGAUACUUGAUUAAAGAAGUGGAAGGUGCAGCAUUUAUGGACAUUGAAGAUGUAGUUCCUUUUGUUAAAUGGCUUGAUGAUGAACUCUCCUAUUUGGUGGAUGAAAGAGCUGUGCUCAAACACUUCAAUUGGCCGGAGCAGAAAGCUGAUGCUCUGCGCGAAGCUGCAUUUGGAUAUUGUGAUCUGAAGAAGCUUGAAUCCGAGGCUUCGUCUUUCCGCGACGAUCCUCGGCAACUAUGCGGUCCAGCUCUUAAGAAGAUGCAGACUUUAUUUGAGAAAUUAGAGCACGGGGUUUACAAUAUUUCUAGAAUGAGAGAGUCAGCAACGAAGAGAUUCAAAGUCUUCCAAAUUCCUAUAGAUUGGUUGCUUGAUAGCGGUUAUGCCACCAAGAUCAAGCUGGCAUCUGUAAAAUUGGCUAUGAAGUAUAUGAAAAGAGUCUCUGCUGAGCUUGAGACAGUUGGUGGUGGGCCUGAAGAAGAAGAACUGAUUGUUCAAGGAGUAAGAUUCGCUUUCCGGGUACAUCAGUUUGCUAGCGGUUUUGAUGCUGAUACAAUGAGAGCAUUCCAAGAAUUGAGAGAUAAAGCAAGGUCGUGUCAUGUUCAAUGCCAUGGGCAACAACAGAAGUUCUUGUGCAGGCCUGCAGCAUGUUAA